AUGGCUGAGGCCAAUGAUGAUGAUGCUAGCAACUCAUGGUUAAAUGAUCUUCUUCAGACUUUGAACAAAGUUGACAAUGCAUAUCUUAUUUUAUUGGUGGGACUGGUGCUGGUCAUCAUGCUUGUCGUCGUGGUGGCGAUUUGCAUUAAAAUCUUUUGCUGCGCUUCGACGAGAAAAUUUCCCUCGACUUCCGGGACCAAAUGUGUUCGGCAUCAGCAGUCAAUGACGUCGCCGCUGGACUCGCCAAUCAGGGGCAUCAUGACGCAGCCCGCGCCCGAAGCAACGAUGUUGUCGACUCAGGUGGCGCAGCAGAGCGAAGUCCCCGCCUACGCUUCUCCUCUUCCACUCACCAAUCAGAUUUCCUCUUCUUCCAACGCACAGCAGAAUCCCACCGUGAACACCUUCGAUACUCAAAAUGAACAAAUUACGUCCACUAACAGGCGCCAGAGGGCACCAAGUCUACAGAGUCUACCAGACGCUCAAUAUUCUUAUCGUGAAUAUCAACCUUGCGAGCGAUUGCUAAAACGUCAAGCACAGACGUUGCCUACUCCAACGAACCGGCGAAGUUCGCGGCCGGGCACAGGCGGCAAUCUGGCCGGCGACUGUCCGACCGUGGGCGGAUCCAACUCGCGAGCCGGCUCACGUGAUCACAUCGUUGGGCGUCUGUCGGAGUGCCCGGACUCGAUACCGCUGCUUGUAAAGUCGCGUGCGCUGGUGCAUCACCCGGCGGACGAAAAUAUUGACGGGAUCGAUCCGGCCAGAAGUGGUGUGCCCAACGGCACAGGGGCGCCCCAAGGGACCACCAGCAAGAAAACCGUCCCGCCACUACCGCUCCCUGCCACUAGUACGACCAAUGCGAACAAGAAUCUGACCCCGGAUGACCUCAAGCCGGAAGUUGCCUUCAACAGCCCCACAGCUCCGAUUCUCACAGCAGCAAUUCCACCGACCCGGCGAGAAGCAACAAUUUCCAAAGCGGAAAUGCCAUGCAAAGCAGGAGCAGGCAGUGCAAGUCGACAGCAAAAUCAGUGGUGGUUCGUUUCGCUUGAUCAUGUCACUCCAUCCCCACUCAAUCAUGAUAAUUAG